AGGGAAAGAGGCUUUCAACGGGGACAGAAGGGAAAGAGUCUCCGUUUCAAUGGAAUAUAAACUGCGCAAUUUCUUUUAAGGACUGCCUGCUCUGAUCGCGGUGGAUCGUUACUCUCUAGGAAAUGGAUAUCAGUUGUGUUUUUGAAUGGUUGGGGAAUCCAUGCCCAUUGCAACCCCCGCUGCUUUGGCGGCUACAGGAGCUGGCGAUUUUAAUUUUUUUAUUUUUAUACCAGAUCGGUCUUCAGAGGAGUAAAGGAGAUGUGCAAUCAUUCAAAAAGGCGAUAUGACUGUGCAAAGAUGCAAGAUCAGAGAUGAGUCUAUCCGUCAUGCCAUGCACAUGGGCGAACACAUGCACAUUUCCUCAGCCUGGGUUGUGAUCUAUCUGCGUGUACAGUGCUCCCCCGUGUCGACGUUCGCACCUAAACGCGUUAUGGAUGUUGAAUGGGGCUUCAUGAUGAUUUUUGGGCAGAGGGCUUUUAGGGGGCUGCGUCAUCCGUGGCUGGGAAAGAAGAUGGACAGCUUUGCAGAUUCCCCACUAUUACACUGUUUUAACAGCGAGAGUCAGCGCGGCACCUCCCCAGCAGAUUUUGGAUUGCACAUUAAACGAAAAACAGUGAGGAACAUGGCCAAGCAUUGCUGUGCUAUGUUUGCAGAACCGCCAGCGCCUCACUGAAGCCACAAGUGAAACAUCUUUCUGGGUGUCUGACCUUCUGUAGGCCUGUCAAGAUGGACUGGAAAUGGAAAAUGCUGAUGCCAUUCCUUAGUGAUGGAGAGCCAUCUGCAUUUUGCAGCAAGCACCCACAUGAGCCAGGUACAGGCAAUAUCUGGCCCACCCAAUUACAGUCAGGACACACCCAGAGCGUGCUCAGCAGUGGCAGGAGGUGGGAGGUGUCAUGUUGGCCUGCUGAAACAGACGGUCUACAUUACCCAUAAUCACCAGGUUUGACGGGGACCCCAGGGAGAUGAUUGGCAGCCGAAGCUGAGAGUUAACACAUCUGUGAAUCAAUAACUUGGUGCUACUCUAAAAGCCAAUAGGCUUUUGGGUUCUUGGUGCUAAAGAGUCGGACAGUACAGAUAUUCUCAGUGUUGGGGUGAGGCCCUCUCUGUGCUGCAGUGGAGGGCUUCACAGACACAGCUAGUCUAGCUGGAUGCAUCACGCAGUAGAGCAGUUUGGCGGGCGUGGCACGCGGGAUUCCUUCCCUCUGGACGGACUCAACCGGGGACCAUGGACUCCCAUGGGCGGCCGCGCCUGGCAGCCACCUGCCAGGUGUUCGCCUGGAAUGAACCAACACCAGCUCCUUUCCCAUCUACCUCCUAGUCCUAUGGGUGGACUGAACCAUCCCAGUAAAUUCUUUAGUAAUGGGCCCAUGCGAGGAGGUGAGAAGCUUGAGCUCCCACAGCCAAUGUUACCAGGUCUUCAGAGGGAGCAGCAGAGACCUCCACCUCAUCAUCAUCUUCAUCCUCCACCUCCCCACAGAGCAUGGGAGCAACUAGGUCAGCUGUAUGAAUCCCACCUCCCUCCUCAAGGACAUUCUGUUCCCCUGCCCAACGAGCAUUCACUCCGUCUCCAUAAUGGAGGCUAUGCAGGCAGCGGCGGGUCUCUCCCCAACCCCCAUCUUCCCCCCAGCAGACAAAACCAGCUAUUUAAGUUUGGGGGUCCUCAGGAGCAGCAUGUCCCCCGGGGUCCACCAUUGCUGGGAGAUGAGAUGUGGGCUCAGGUGCACCAGCAGAGGGGCUACCCAGGGAAGAUGCAAGGGGGUCAGCUGAAGAGACCAGGUCCUCCAUUGGGAGAGAACUCUGUUAUCCAGCACACUCCUCCGCCAUCACUGCACCCGUCGUCCCGCCCCGCCGCCGAGGACCGCCCUAGCCCAAGCAAGAGGAAAAAGAGUUCGGAUCAGGUAUCCCAUCAUGGGCUGCAGCGCUUCCCUGGCCCUUCUUUGACAUCGCCGCACCAGUCUUCGGCCCACCACCUCCCUCUAAAACCUGCCUUCUGGAACCCCAUUCACAAGAACAACAGCACUUCUUGGCAGCCCCCGACAUCUGAACGCAAGAACACGCCAUCCCAGGAGUUCCAGGAAACCAACAAACAUGGAAUGGGCAGCUACACCCAAAAAUCCUCUCCUGCCUCUUCCACUCCUUCAAACCUCUCCCCUCCAACAAACUCUUCUCCGGGAAGCUACAACCAGGGAUGUGCUCCUCAGCUUCAGAAAGACACAUUCCAACCUCAGGCUGUAAACCAGCAGCCCACCACCCCUCACUCCUCCUACCCCAGCCCCAGCUCAAAACUGGGGCUAGGUUCACCCUGCCAGGCCAUGGAGCCUCAUGGUGCUCACAACCAGAGAGGCCCUCUCAUUGGGGGCCAAGGUGGCAGCCAAGCUACCUCUCACACGGCAUCUACCCCAACCAGGGGAGACAGAGAUCAACACCUACAUGCGCAGUCGUCACCAGCAAACCCUCCUGCUACCAGCAACAACAACAGCAGCAGCAGCAGUGUGCCUUACAGCCACUUCCAGCCUCAUCCAGGGCUGGGGCACCAGGGUCCCCCUACUCGUCCUCCAACCCCUCCUCCUGCCAGCAGCACCUCAGUACCUCAGCAACAGCAAAGUGGGCCUCAUGAGGCCUGGAGAUACCAGAGGAGGCCCAGCAGUCACUCCCUAGAGUCGGGCAUCUACAGGCCUCCAGGACUGCUACCUCAGCACCAGCAGAGCCACAGUCAGGUCAUGGAUAGUCAGGUUCCAGGUCCCCCCCAGCAUCACCAUCAUGUCAGCCCUCCUCUGCCCCCAACAAACUCCACUCGAACACCUGUCAUCACCCCCAAUCUUCCCAUAUCGCAGGGCUCCUGCUCCAUCAGCGGCUAUAGAAACAGCAGCAGCUCUAGAGGUGUAACUAUGGCUGGCGCCUCCACGGUGACUACAUCACCCCCUGCUGGUUGCCCUGUGAACAACGGCAGCAGUAAUAACAGUUGGCAGGGAGGAAGACAGCCGGUAACCCAACCCUCCACCAGAGGCGUCAGUGGCCCCGCCUCUCAGCUGGAUGCGCUGCUGCAGCCAGGAUGUCAGAGAGGCCAAAUUGCCAACCAACCUCACCAGCAGGGGCUGGCCACACCACAACAGGGACCCACCAAGUCCCAACCCACAAAGGGGAAGAUGUCAUUCUAUUCUCAGGCUGAACUGGAGCAGCCUCCUGCGUUUUCCUCAUCAUCGUCUUUGUUCUCCUCAGGGCACCAGAGGGCAGGAGACAGUGUGAUUACAAGCAGAGUUUCAAAUCCUCUUCCUAGCUCUCCCACUACAUACCGCCCAGCUCCGCGCUCCACUGUCCGCUCUGGCCCUCAGCCAUCCAAUCCAGCCCUCUCCUCUAGACUGGGUCAUCAGUCAGACUCAACACAGGCGUACUCUCGGCCGCAGGUUUGUCCACCAGCUCCAACCUCUGCUCCUCAGUCUAUCGAAGAGGCUCUUGACAAGCUCGACGCAGAGCUAGAGGGUCACAUGCAAGCUGAAGAAAGGAGGAAGAGGGACAGAGAGGAGCGCGAGAGAAAAAUGAGAGAAGAUGAGAGGCGGAAGAAAGAAUGGGAAAUAAGACAAAAGCGGGACGAGGAGAGGAAGAGGAAAGAGCUGGAAAAGAAGGAGGAGGAGAAGAAAAAGAGAGAACUGGAAAGACAAGAGGAGGAGAGGAGAAGGAGAGAAUGGGAGAGGCAGGAGCAGGAGAGAAAUCGGAGACAAGAAGAGGAGAGGAGGAGGAGAGAAGCAGAGAGGCUGGAGGAGGAGAGGAAAAAAAGAGACUGGGAGAGGCAGGAAGAGGAGAGGAAGAGGAGAGAAUGGGAGAGGCAGGAAGAGGAGAGGAAAAAGAGAGAAUGGGAGAAGAAGGAGCGGGAAAGGAAGAGGAGAGAGUGGGAGAGGCAAGAGGAGGAGAGGAAGAAGAGAGAAGCAGAGAAGCAGGAGAGGAAGAAGAAAGAACUAGUGAGGCAGGAGGAAGAGAAGCGAAAACAUAGAGAGUUGGAGAGGAAAGAGGAGGAGAAAAAGAGGAUGGAGGAAGAGGAGGAACUGUGCUGUGCAAAAGGCAAAGAGCAGACAGCUAUUGAAAAUCUGGAGAGACUGCUCGCUGGCAGCACUUGUCCAACACCCCCACCUCCUCGCCUCUCUUCUGUUACUGCACCUUCAUCAGGUCCAUCGCCCCCCAACUCCCAGGCUUCACCCCCCUACCCCUGGCUAAGCCGUGGUGGCAUACUCCCUGGUCCACCAGGCCAGACACCCACCGCCACUACUCCUGUUGAAAGGCUGCGGCCGCCCCCUCUUACACCUCAGACCGAGUAUGCCAGGGAAAAGCAGCGGCAGAGGGAGAUGAGGGGCAAUUAUGGCGGAACGACUUUCAGUCCCUCAACAACACUCAGCACCUCAGGGAUGAACCAGUCGAUAUACGCCAACAAGCCCCCGGCAAUGCAAGCCGCACCCAACCAGUCCAAAGACUCAGCCAGGGAGAGAGACGGCAGCCAACACUCCCUCCCUACCGUGGCACUUAGAGAGCCCCCAAAACUCUAUCAGGCUUUUCCCAGAGAAACCCUCCAACCACCACCUUUAUCCUCCAGCUCCAGCACCACAAGGGGAAAUGACUCUGACAGUGCUCAGUUUGAGGAAGAGCCCUCUGAGAUGUCCACACUGCUCCCUGAUGGUCUGGCUAACAUUAUGGCCAUGCUGGAUGAAUCUAUCAAAAAGGAAGAGGAGAUGUAUAGCAGUGAAAAGACUGGCUCCGCAGGUCUUCUUGACAACUUUGCUCCUAGUGUCCAGCCUAUCAAGAACUACCUGUGUGCCCCAGACCUCAUUCCGGCGACCAAGCAUCAGCCCAACCAGGAAGACUUUGGAUCCAAUCAGCACGCUAGCCCUCCUGUGCUCAGCCGCCAAGGCUCUCUGGCGUCCCCUUGCAGCCGAACAUCUUCUCUCAACGAGGAGGACGAGGACUACCUUAAACCUUCUCCAAAUGUCCCUAAACAGUCAAUGCAUGUGGGAAUGGGAGUAGGCAACACCAAUUACCGCCACAGUGACCUGGCUAAACUUUAUGGCCUCCCCGAGCAGACUAAAAGUGAGGCUGAUGAGGAGGAUGACGAAGAGGAUUCUGAGACCCCAUCAUGUUCUCCACCACCCCAAAGACCCCACCUCCACCAAACAGGUGUAAACAACAUGUUCAAGUCGCUAGCAACAGUCCUAGAGAGCCAGAAGUAUGCUUACCGUGGUGGGCCUUUCGGAAGACCCCCUCCUUCGGCGCUGGUUGGGGUCAAAUAUUCCUCUUCACUUUCACUGGGCCCUGAUAUCUGCCGCCAGCAGCAAGGCAACUCUCCCACGUCAGAUUCAACUAAUCCACCGUUCAGUCCAGUUGUCCCACCUCUCAAGACCUCUCCUGCUUCUCUGCUGGAAGAUAAGAAACUGAAAAUAGAGGAUGCUGAUGUCUGGAGAGAUGAUGGAGAGACACCAGAGGACAGAAUGAACUCUACCACAAAGGAGAGCUUCCCUACAAUAAACCCAAUUAAGGUGGUCAAGGAGGAGCAACAGUUGACGACCAUCUCUGAGUCGUCUCUGGCGGAGUUGGGCAAGAGCUGCGAGGUCAUGCUCAGUCGACAGUCACUUCCCAACAAGAACUCCCAUGAUAAACCAGACAAAGUGGGGGACAGACACAAACCUAAAGUAAAGGAACACAGAGAGAAAGACAGAAACAGGGACAGAGAAAGGGAGAAAGAGAAGAAGAGGAAGCACGGUCACAGUCACAGCAGCAGCAGGAACCAUGAAGACCGGAAAGAAAAGAAGAAGCAUAGAGAAAAGAGAGACGAGAUGGCCUUCUCCUCUUCGUCAUCCUCUUCAUCCACUCACUCCAGCCACAAGCGGCACAAGGAGGGCAAGAGCCAUAAGGAGAAGGAUCGGAGAAUUCUUGGUGACCUCAACCUCCAAAGCAAGGAGGGGUCUGAGAAGAAUCGGGGUCAUUGUGACACAGAUAAAAAGAAACGCAAAGAAGCAUCCGGAGCCAGCUCCACCAAUGAGGGGGAGCACGCAGAGUGGGCCUCGGGAAGUUCUGAAGAGAGAUCCUCCGAGCACAACAAAGGCCCUGAAUCUGGUUCUUCACUAGGUUCAACAGACUUCUUGAAACUGAAGGCGCUGUCAGACGGGCCACCCAAGGAGCUGAAGAUUCGUCUGAUCAAAGUGGAGAGCGGGGACAGGGAGACGUUCAUUGCCUCUGAGGUGGAGGAGAAGAGGAUCCCUUUGGAAGACAUCACCAUCAAGAACACGGCCAGUGAAAUUAUCAGGUCCUGCAAGGGGACCAGAAUAAAAGAGAAGUUCAGAGAAUCAUACUUGCUUCCAGCCUUCUCUGUCAAGCCCAUCAUGACCUCCGAGGAACGCAUUCCAAGAGAGAAACUCAACCCUCCUACACCCAGCAUCUAUUUGGAGAGUAAGAGGGAUGCCUUCUCCCCUGUGCUGCUGCAGUUUUGUACAGACCCCAAGAAUCCUGUUACUGUCAUCAGAGGCCUGGCUGGAUCUCUGCGACUCAACCUGGGGCUGUUUUCUACAAAGUCACUGGUGGAAGCAAAUUCAGAGCAAGCAGUGGAGGUCAGGACUCAGGUACAGCAGCCUGCUGAUGAGAAUUGGGACCCCAGUGGGACAGGUCAGACGUGGCCCUGUGAGAGCAGCCGCUCCCACACCACCAUCGCCAAGUACGCCCAGUACCAGGCCUCCAGCUUCCAAGAGAGUCUGCAGGAGGAGAAAGGCAGCGAUGAGGAGGAUGAUGAAGACGAUGAGAAGAAACCAUCCAUCGGUUCUGAUAUGUCCAGCAAGGACGGCUCUAAAGAAAGUAGCAGUGCUGAGCAGAAACCAGUGGGGAAGAUAAUUAAAUUUGGCACAAACAUUGACCUCUCAGAUCCCAAGAGGUGGAAGCCCCAGCUUCAGGAGUUGCAGAAGCUGCCAGCAUUUAUGCGUGUGGCAUCCAGUGGAAACAUGCUGAGCCAUGUCGGUCACACCAUCCUAGGCAUGAACACUGUCCAGCUCUACAUGAAGGUUCCAGGGAGCCGAACGCCAGGUCACCAGGAGAACAAUAACUUUUGCUCGGUGAAUAUCAACAUCGGCCCCGGAGACUGCGAGUGGUUCUCUGUCCAUGAGGACUACUGGCAAGCCAUCAAUGACUUCUGUGAAAAGCACGGAGUGGACUACUUGACAGGGUCCUGGUGGCCAGUCCUGGAGGACCUCUACAACGCCAACAUCCCUGUGUACCGCUUCAUCCAGCGGCCUGGAGACUUGGUGUGGAUCAACGCUGGAACUGUUCACUGGGUUCAGGCUGUUGGCUGGUGCAACAACAUUGCCUGGAAUGUCGGACCUCUCAAUGCUUACCAGUACCAGCUGGCCCUGGAGAGGUUUGAGUGGAACGAAGUAAAGAAGGUCAAAUCCAUCGUCCCCAUGAUUCAUGUGUCCUGGAACGUGGCCCGCACUGUGAAGAUCACAGACCCAGACACCUACAAGAUGAUUAAACACUGCCUGCUGCAGUCCAUGAAGCACAUCCAGAUCCUGCGGGACCAACUGGUGGCUGAAGGCAAGAAGAUUUCCUAUCAGAGUCGGGUCAAGGACGAACCUGCCUACUACUGCAACGAGUGUGAUGUGGAGGUGUUCAAUUUGUUGUUUGUGACAAGUGAGAACAGCAGCAGGAAAACAUAUGUGGUUCACUGUGAGGACUGCGCACGUCAGCGUAGCCCCAACCUGACCAACGUCGUGGUGCUGGAGCAGUACCGCAUAGAGGAGCUCAUGAACACAUAUGACUCCUUCAGCCUGGCCACCUCCUCCCGGUGACAGCGCUCCCCUUCCUGCGUCUCCUCAGCCAUAACCAAAACUCCUGCCAGACAGGACAAAAGACAGUUUCACUUUGGUUUUCAACUAACCCUUUCAUUAUUUAAAGAUCAUUUUUGCUACUACUGCUAAUACUUGCCGAACAGCCAGUUGAAUACGUUUACUCAUUUUACUGUUUACAAAAAGAGAUACCAAGCCGCCAAUAAAACAUACCAGUUUACUCUCAGAUGGUGCUUUCAACCAGUAACCCUGGCAACUCUGAUGUUGAGACCCAGGGGGCAGUUGGUGCUGCCAUUGAACAGACUGUGGAGAGAAGGUGAUGCUUUCAAUGGCGUGUUUCUGUCAGUACCCGAGAGAACUUUUCUGUUGUCGUCUUGAAUACUGAAAUUUGUACAUGCUGUUUGCAAUUUUUGUGGGGUGCUGUCUUUUUUAAAAUAAUUUAUUGUUUUGUUUUUUUCUAAACUAGAUCAGCCUAGAUAUAUACCACAUUGGCCUUGUAUUUAGAAAAGAGAGAAAAUGAAAAAUACUAAUAAUAGAGAUAUGAACAUUUUUCUAAAGCAUUAAGAAUUUAAAAAAAAAAAUACAAGUGUUUGGAAUGCUUCAAAACAUACGGGUUUUAAUGACUUUGGUUGUUUUGGGGGGGAUUUCAUUUUUGUCUUUCAGAUUCUUGUAUGUGUUGUAAAUCUUGUGUUUGUAUGAAUUAUACUUUUUUCUUCUGGAGAUUAAUAUUCAGUUGACACUCAUCAGGUCUUUUUGUUCAUUUCUUCCAUCUCUGUAUGAACUAUCUUGGAAAAAAAGAAAAAAAUCAUGGUCAUCUGGUGUUUGCGUGUUGUACCUCUGACUGAUUUGUUCUAAUAUGCAGACUUAGUAUUUCCUGGAGUUUUGUUUUGGCAUUGUACAUUUAAUUUAAAAUGUUUCCUCUAUUUAUUGGAUAUCAAUGUUCUCCCUUUUUGAAUAGGGUUGUACAAGUUUGCAAUUUUUCUCUUUAUUUUUUAUAGUGACCGAUUGCUCUGUAAGAACUGAAAUGUGGGGGUUGUGUGUCCACAGGAGUGGAGGCUGCUGUUUCUCUGGUGCUCGCCUCUCACGACUCCUGCCUUUUUCUCCUGAUAUAUAUUAAAUGAUAUCUUUAUCAUGAAUAUAACGCCACCUUUCCUGUAGACGAUAGGCACACUGCUCACGUAGAGAAGAUGACUAAUGGAAUGCUGUGUUUGUAUGCUCAUUAAGGAAAAAAACAAAACUACUUUUUCCAAAGUGUUUGAGAAAUUGUAAUUUUUUUUAUUAUGUAGGGGGCUUUUAGACGAGAUUUUAAUGAUUUUAUGAUAUUAUCUGUUGAAUAUGAUAACGGGAUAGAUGGUGCUAAAUGUUCUCUUUGAACAACCUUUUUUUUUUCCUGUUUGUCUUCUUAAAAUGAGAAUUCUAUUUUUCCUGUUGCAAUAUUACCUUACCCCUUUCCUUCUCUUUGUGGUCGUUUAUUUAUAACUGCACUGUUUAGAGAAUUCACACAGACAUACUUGCAGACACACACACACCAAACUGAGCCAGACAUGUCUUAAAACACUUGUGAAUUUGUGUGACAUUACUAUGACUAUUAAUAAUAAACGCUUUUUGAUAAAUCCA